CCGAAACGGUUCUACCCAUCAUGCAGUGGGGCGUUAGGCUAUACCGUCACCCGUCCGGCCGGGAUUUCUGUGUACAGUCCCAGGGCUUCAUCUCUGGCCUUGCACAAACUGACCAACUGCAACGAAGGGAGCUGUAGAUAAGGCCAUCUCUGCAGGGGGGUCAGUCCAACAGCCCCAAGACAGCAGUGCCCCUGAGAUCUCAGAGAAGAGCCUAUGCACGGGGCCAGACUCUGGGCCAGCUGCCAAGAUGCCAAACUGUAUAGUUGAGAACUGCGGCAACUCCAGCUACAAGGCGUCCGAGAAAGGAGUAAAACUGCACACGUUUCCCACCAAAUUGGAGCGGGUGAAACUGUGGCUCCGGGCCAUUCCCCAGAAGUACGAGGACCUGGAUUCUUUUGCUCAGCAGAUUUUAGAGGCCAAAAAGACCAACCCGUAUCGCGUCUGCUCCGAUCACUUCCCCAAGGAAUGUUACGUUGAGACAAACGGGAAAUUUAUCUUGUCCAAAAAUGCUGUCCCUAGUAUCUUCUCUUGCCUCCCCCCGCCCGCCAAGCGCUUCUGCAUGGAUCCGGCCCACGCCGGUUGGAAAGAGAAACCCAAGGGGGUCGACGUUAGCACUCGCACGGACAUAUACAACUUCGGCAGGGACCGGGGCACUCAGUUUGAUCGUUACUAUGGAGUGAAGAGCAGGAAGGUCGCCACGGAACCCAAGAGCUUCACUAGGGACGUGGCCACAUUCACGGACCCACGGAUACAAACGGCCGAGCCGCAGAUCAGCAGCUGGGGGAAGAAGGUGAAAAUCAUCACCCCGAGGCCGUCGGUCAGUACAGCGGAUAAAUGGUCACAGUGCCCCGAGUAUGAUUUCUACCGGAGCCAGAGAGGGCGCUUCAAGGUUUGUCAGAAGGAAAUGGAGCUCUCCGAGGAGCAGACGGACCCAGUGAUGGGAAACAUGGAUAAAAGUCAGCGGAAUGAGAAAAUUCUGAAUCUCACACUGGAGAUUAUCUACUUGCUGAGUGGAGAGGAUUUUGCCGUAAUGAAGAAGUCAGGUGAUGGCGUCCCGCAGAGAUGCACCGACUGUAUGUUGGAAGGGUUCUGCCGGCGCCACACCCCGACGGUGUCGCAAACGUCCAGUGCCGCCAUACAGAAAGAGAAUGAUAAGAUUGUGCUGGAACUCAUCUCCAACAUCAUCCAGCUGCUGACUGGAGAGGAGUGGGGGUAUAUAAAAGGAAACAAGGCCCUUUACAGGGAAGAGAUAAUGGAGAAUUUCCAGCAGCUUUGCACAAAGGAUGGUGAUUAUGGAGAGCCGACGGGCACUGCCGCCCACUUACAAGCAACACUGUGUAGUAGAGUUGGUUCCAGCGAGACUGUGGGCAGAGGUGGGUGUCUGACAAACACUCCUACACCUGAGCACCCUACCCCAGAAAUUACUAUUAAAGAGGAACCGCCUUCAUGGGAAGAAGAAGAAGAAGAAAACUAUUACUGUAUAAAUGCCCAGUGGCAGGGAGCAGCUCCGUCCCCCGCCAUGGCGCGCAGUGCUAAUGUUAUAGCCACUUCUGUUAAAGAGGAGCCAAUUUCAUAUGAAGAAGAGGGAAGCCAUUCUGCCGCAGUGACAGAACAGACACCUACAGUCACACCCAGCCCUGUUUCUACAACCAGAGAGAAGCCGAGUUCAUGUAAAAGGAGAAACCAAUCGGAUUGCAGCAUUAAUCCCCUUAGAGAACAUAUACGAGGAACAGACACACCUACUCCUAUCACGGGGUGCCGCCCAAACACCGGCACGGCGCCUCAUUAUAUAUCCGAUGCCAAUAAGGAUAAGCUGGCUUCCCAUUGCAGCAGUAAGGCACCUAAAGAACAGAUACAGGGAGCAGAUACACCUACUCCUAUCAUGGGGAACAGCCUGGAUAACAGGUAGUCUGACGGAAUUCAUAGGGAGGCAGAAGAGGAAACAUUUCCAUGUAGAAAAGACAGUUGCUUUGUGGGGGGAUUUUAUAGGACGGUAUGUGAGGUGAGGGGGGGGGGGUGUUUUUACUGUACAUAAGCCCAUAGUAUGGAGCAAACUGGGCAGGGACCGAUUCCUCGUACUCGGGACACACGUUACUCCUCACUGGACAACGCACACCCCUCAGUAUUUCAAUGCUAACCCUUUACCGCGCGGGAUUCCUCUGUAAAUAUUCUGCGUUUGUAUCUGCUCGCUGGGCUUUUAGAAUCGACGUGUUGGGUCAGUUUUUCUGUUGCUAAACUACAAUUAACGUUUUUUAAAGGAUAAAAGAAACCGCGCACACAGUCACUUGAUAAUGUCCUGCGGUGUAAUUAAACAUGCGUCACAAAGUAAUACAUAUGGUUUAUAUAGUGAUCUAUUGAUUUGUGUCCCGCCCCCAGCAAUAUUCCCCCUGUUCUGUAAGCGUGGGGUAUGUAUACACACUCAAUAUUAUGGAGUAUAAAUCCUGCCCAUGCCUUACUAACCCCCGGCCUGGCUCAGCACAAAUAUAUGGUUUGUUUUAUGGCUUCACUAGGUUGGUGAAUGGGACAUAAUGGCUGAAGGUGGCCAUACACGGGCCAAUUCUAGCCGCCAAUAUUGGUUCUUUAGACCGAUUCAACAGCUUAUCUGCCCAUGUAUAGGCAGUAACGACGGGCCUGCCGACCAAUAUAUCGAGCAAAUCUCGAUCGGGCAGGUUUUAUUUUUUCCUCGGAUCAGGGACUGCAUUGGCUCGUCAAUAUGGUCCCUGAACCAACGGACGCAUAUACCCGCCCAUGUAAUUCGAUCGUUUGGCCCCAGGGCCAAACAACCGAAUUAGCCCAAUAUCGGCCACCCGUAGAUGGGGAUAUCGGGAGAAGAUCCACUCGCUUGGCGACCUCGGCUCUUACCUUUAGACUGAUGAUAGAGGUAAGUACAUGUAGCUGGAUAAUAGGGAUGCAACAAAUCCAGGAUUGGGUUCGGUAUUCGGCCUUUUUUGGCAGGGUUCGGUUUCGGCCAAAUCUAUAGUCUUGGCUGAACCGAAUCCUAAUUAGCACAAAUUAGCAUAACCUUUCUGUAUUCGGAUGAAUCUGUCGGGGGGGGGGGGGGGGGUGCAUCCUUACUGGAUCCUGCCCUGCCCUGGGGCAGUGGUUCCCAAACUGUGGGGUUGGCGCCAAUAAAGGGCCCAAAACAGUAGAGAAU